UUACAGAAAUUUGACUACACCAAAGGCUCCUCGAGGCAGUCUCCAGAGUUCGAGUGCACCCUGGCUGCAGCGGGCUGUCGCAGCGACGACGACUGUCAUGUUAAGCUUGGUUGGUGUUCCUGCAAAGGAAAGUCUUGUAUUCAGUACAAACUCGAGAACCAAGGCACCGCAGAAAAGAAAACCCAUGCAUACGUAAAUACUGAUGAAGACUUGGAGUGGCAUGGCUGCGACUGGAAAGUUCCUGGGUUAUCCUGCAGCUGUUAUAACGACAAUGUCGGGUCGAGGAAAGAGGUUUGGAGGAUGCCCAGCAGAGAUGAUGUUCAUAAA